AGAACUUCUAAGCUGCUGUAUUCAACCUAGUCAGCGAUGGGAGCAAAGAGGACCGCUCGACAGACUUACGGAGGGCGACCGGGAUUCGGCAUGACAGGACCUGGAGUUGACUGGGCUGGAUCGUGGAAGUCGUGGAUAGGAAAGGAUGCGAUCAAGCCUGUCAACAUGACAGGAUGCAGACCUCCGAAUCAUUCCUACCAUGUCUCGUCGGACAAGCCUCUGCAAACAACGACUCUAGGGGGGCCCAACGCUCCUUUCCGACGAACCAUGACCUAUGAGCGAUACGAUCCUAAGGAAGCUCCCUCGGACCGGACCAAGACGCACGCCAAGAUCUUCGAGACAGCAAUGAGCGGAGUCCGGAACGACCCCCUUGCUGCAUAUCACCCUCCUCCUGAAACAAAAGUCCCCACGACACGGCCGGAGCAAGAGCCCGAUCGCUGGGUGCCGAUGAAUCACAACAGACUGUCGUCGUUGUACAACCCUCUCACCCAUGAUCGCAUGGAGAUACUGCAAGUGAAGAAGGACACGCUUGUUAGAGCCCACCAGGAUGUCGACCUGAUCAUAAAGAAAGGCGAUCCGUCGAAGCCUGCAGGAAACUACAUGUCUUCUGCAGAGACCAACAUGUACGACAAGAAGGCUUUUAACAGGAGGAAGGGAGUGACGGAGUUUCUCGACAUCACACAUCCCUUUCGGCCCAAUUUCUCUGACAACUGGAAAGAUCGUAUUAAUAAGGACCCUAAAAUUUUUUAUCGUGAGCAGGGAUCGAUGGUCUCAUGGAUGGAAGCAGCAAUCAUCGGGAAGUCUAAAAUUCCUUUUCGCAAGACCCAACCACCAGGAGUGUAGAGUAGAUGGGAGAUGCAAAGUAUCGUUUGAGAACAAUCAGCAAGAAACAACC